GUGAAAAGCCAUACAAAUGCACAUUUUGUAGCAAAUGCUUCGGUGACAAAUCAGCCUGUAACAGCCAUAUCCGUGUUCAUACAGGGGCUGAGCGGUGCAUGUGUCACAUAUGUGGGGCGUCAUUUUCUAAGCGCCAGAAGCUGACAUACCAUAUGCGUAAGCAUACUGGUGAAGGUCUUCUUCAUUGUCCUCUUUGUACAAAACCCACAACAAAUUCUUAUGCAUUGAAAAAACACAUGGAAACACAUCAGCAACCUCUUAUGAAAGUCUUGAGUAGCAUAGGUAUUGCUUCAGUGAUGGAAGACUUCUCAGAGAUAACUCUUACAGCAUUACACAACCUGGCUCAUUUGGCAAUCCAGAGGAGCUCAGAUUUUGCUUCUAAACAAAAAGCAAAUAAACAGGAAAGAACCAGCAAGGAUAUGAAUAUCCAAGGAAGUGAUAUGUGCAAAGAAGACUUAAAAUCUUCAGUAGCAGUUCAGCAAGAGAGCAUUACAAACCAUAAAUUUAAACGCAUGACUCAGAAGCAACAUUAUAGUAAGUCUAAAACAGAAAAUACAGAAAUAGAUUCAAGAGGACUGAAAGCUGGAGAAUGGAACAAGAAUAAUAAAACACCAUCUGAUACAAUUAAAGUAGAUAAUCAUGAAAGACAUCUUUUGAAAGAUUAUUCCAGGAGAGAUGAUAAUACCUUACAGAUUAAUAAUCCUGAUGAAAUUUUGCCUGAAAAAUCUGUUGUUUUGAUUGAAAAAAGCAAAGAGAGAAUGGCUAAAAGUAAGAAAAAUGGUUUAGUUGAUAAUGACACAGAGCAGCUUGAAUUGAUAAACAGUGAAGGAUCAACUGUAGAGCAGGAGCAGACAUUUGGGUCACUCAUCUUGCAGGGGACCCCAGCAGUUGUACUCAUGCAGCUGAUAGAAAACAUUGUAGAAUCUCAUUUUGGAUCUUUUCCUGCCGAGGAAGUUCGACCAACACUUGGAGAUCAGUUAGUAGAACAGUGCCUAGAGGUAAUGAUGCAUGAUGACACCUCAAGAUCCAGUGAUGAUGGUAAGAGUGGAGAUGCUUGUGCUGAGUCUAGUUCAGUACAUGAUUUAUGUUUGGAUGCAGAUGAACAGAAUAUAUCAAGAGCAAAUAAUAACUCCAACGAUAAAGAAAAAAUAUUUGAUGCAUUUACGGCUGAUACUUUGUUAGAUUCUAAUACACAUAUAGAUGAUCAGUUUCUUUCAGGUGAAAGUGAAAGUGAUUUUUAUGUAUAUACUGACAAUACUGAUUUCUUUGACACAAAGUCUAAGAACAGCAUAAAGAAAGAAAAGGGUGAAAAGUAUGAUAGUACAACUGAUAAUAAGGAUAUGGGUUUAUUUCAAAGGGAGGUUCUAGGUGAUGACAGUAGUGUAUUUUCCUCAUCUACAACUUCAGGAACAUCAACUGAGAUUAUGCCAAUAUACACAGAAACCAGAUUAACCCAUGAAGAUGUAAUACUGUAAUCUUAUAACUAAGAUGGAAAAUAGUUAUCUCAGGAAGAUGUAAAACCUCAAGACAUGAAGAGCAAGAUUGUAAAGGUACAUGUACAUCUUACAAAUCAUCUGGUGCAAUUUAGAAAAGAUAACUUUGUAAAGCAGAUUGUUUUAGUAUAGGAAAUAAUAAAGUUAGAUGAAAGUGGGAGUACAUUCACUGAUGAAGAAAGUACUAACAUGCAUUGUAGAGGGAUGAUUGCAUUUAUAGUGUUACAUUGUAUGAAGAAACUUAACAAAGGACAGCUCAUUUAAUAAUUCAAACAUAAUAUUUGAGCUUACCAGAUACAGACACGAGAGAGAGAGACAGACAAACAGACAGACAGACAGACAGAGAGAGAGACAGACAGACAGAGAGACAGACAGACAGA